CGCGGAGCCUACCACCCUGGAAGAUGGGGGCCAUCCUCUAGAGAAGCGAAAUAACCAGCCCCCUCCGUUCUAGACUCAAAGACCUUGCGAUCCCGCCAUGCUAGCUUGUGCCAACUGCGUUAAUUAGCCCACGUAGCCACUGGCAAUGAACGGGGUGCCGCAAAACAAUCGCGUUCCGAUAGGAGUCUACACCAGGCACAUCCACUUUCCAUCCUAAAGCUUAAACCGCAACCCAGCAAUGUCUCCGAUACCCCAUUGGGCCGCGGCUCUCCUGUUAGCCACCAAAGCUACUGCAAACUUCACCACCAGCUACUACCUCCCCAACCCCAACUUUUUGCCGUCCCGCAUCCGCUUCCUCGCCUCCGUCAUCGCCGCCGACAAAGACCGCGUGACGCUUGCAGCGCGCUACGACGACGACCCGGAUUACGCGGCGCUGGAUCUGAACUUGGAUGCGAGAUUCUCGAUGACGAUGACGCUGGCGAGCACGCUUUAUGCGCAGACGACGACGUAUACAGCGGGUGGGGGAGAGGAAGAGGCAGCGGUGGAUCCAGUAACUAUUUGGAUCAGGCGUCGGUGCGAGAUUGAUGUCGACAUGUCUGGGGCACAGUGCACGGCCGAGUACAACGAGGCGCUCGCCCUGCGCGAGUGCUACCGCGCACCCCCAGGCCUGUUCGACGACACACCUGUAGUAAGCAGGGUAGGCACGACGUGGGUCACGCUGCCGCCUGAGACGCACACAGCCGGGCAGUCGGAGACGCUGCUCUGGACGUUUAGCGAUACGGAUGCCGCGGGGGUGCAGACUAUCGUGCGCCCAGAUCCGCAUGCGGAGAACUACUAUUCAAACCCGCCGCCAGACUGGUGCAGCGGGUUCAGUCAGAAUUAUAGUAAUGUGGUCGUGCCGAGUAGUGCGUUGACAUCGAGCUGGACGUUGCAAAAGAGCGAGAUGGGACUUUUCGGAUUUACGAUUACCGCGGGGGAGGAGAAAAUGGCCAAAGCGACGACGGGCGCGAGUGUGACUGUAGGAAGUGCGACGCCGACGGCCACGGGGACUGGGGCGGGGGCGGGUAGGACAGGAGGUGGGUCUGCAGGUGCUGCCCCGGCGAGGACGAUGGCGCCAGCUCUUUGGGGAGUGGGGGCGGCGGUUGCUAUGUUCUUGUAGAGUGACUCCCAGGGUGAUUUUUAAUGUGAUGGUUGUCAUCGAGAAAGGGUACUUGAAGAGAGACGACAGUCAAAGUCGCGACGGCGGUUCAGGCUUGAACCCUGAUACCUAAGUGCUGUCCAGAAGCCGCAGAAUCUCUUUGUUUGCAUACAGUGAUCUGCCAUUUUAAGCCGAGUAUUUGUCUGAUUGAUAGAGGAUGCUUAGAUAGAGAGAUCUUGUCGGUGAUAAGAAGGUUAUGUGACAAGCAACAAAUGCAAGGGCAAUGAAUAGAGAGUGGCGGGCUAUCGAGCCGAGACGAGGUGAGUCAAAGAGGAGAGAUAUUGGUCUGGUUUUAUGGCAUGUGGAGUGUGA